CCGUAGCCAAUUAAUAAAUCAAAGGUUUUUAGACACCAACGUCUUUCUCUCGCUUGUGAGUUACAAGCAAAACCCUUGAACUAUGGGUAACAGUUCAUCAAUUGGUAUUAGAGCCUAAUUCUGAAUACGUUCGGGAUCUGUUUGGAAUGGGUACGGGCACGGCGGCGGAACGAAGCUCAGCGCUGGAAGCUACAGUGGAGGAGCUGCAAGGGCUGGUACAGGCCAACGCGGCCGACCUCGAGGAAUUGAAGGAGCAAGUGAAGGACAUGGGAGAGGUAUUGAAGACACUUGUGGCUAAGAUCGAUGCCCUAACGCAGCAAAGGGAAGGGAAAGGCGUGAUGACACCGUCGUUCAGUGGGGACAAGAUUCGCGGGAAGGAAACAGUGUGCGCAGGUGCAUCGCCCCUAUGCGAGGCUCUCAUCCUUCGAUUCGGAAACUGAAGGAAGAAGGAGCUCUAAAUUGGAGCUAUGUUCAGCGAAGCGGGACCGUCUGUCAGCAGCAUGGACGUGUUGGUGCCGCUCAAAGGGAUGCCUUCGGAAAUUAAGCCACUGCCGCAAGAAUUGCGUGAGGUAGACGGAUGCGCACUGGCUUGGUCAAGUGAGCCGGGAAAACAACCGCUUGAACGUGCUUUGAUUGGUGAAGAGAAGUUGUUGGUCACACAUGUUGGAAUGGAAGUGCCCAAAGAUUCUACCAUGUUUGCAAGCGGAAAAAUGGAUCCUAGAUAUUCUUGGAAAUUCAAAAGAAAAAGGAGAGUGGAGGUGUAUGGCAGGGAAGUUUGGUGGUUGGCUGGUUUUUUUUCAUUAGUGCAAUUGAGGUUGGGGAAUGGAAAAUGAUGCUUACUGUUGGCGGUCGCUCGUGAAAAUUCAGGAAGAGACCAAAGCCUUCACGUCGUCGCAAGAGCUGCGAUUGCUUUCACUCUCGACCACCACGUCUCGGUGUGAACCGAACCUUGGGACCAAGGUUCUUUGGGGGAGAAGGUCGGAUAAGGUUAUUUUGGGUUUGGUUCUUUGGGUUAUUAGUUUAUGGGUUUUGAUUAAUCAUGUUUAUGGGUUUAGAUUAUUAGUGAUGUGGGCCAAGUUGCCCUAGGAUUCGGGCACAAUUCCAGAGGAGGAGGACAGUAGGUGGCGGGUCAGCAGCUGCAGCUGACCGGGUUUUGCCUGAACGAAUUUUUCCGGCUGGGGAAAUUAGGAGGAGAUCGGGGAAGGCAGGCAGGGAAAAAGCCCGACUUAAUAUAAAGGUUGAGACUCG